CCGGGGGGGGCCCCCCGCCCGCAGGAGGUGAUGCACAACCCAAACCUGGGGAGGAAAAACCAAAGGACGCCCCGAAGCCAAUGGCGGUGCAGCCCAAGGAUGAAGUGGGCACGAGGAAAGGAUGUCGCCGCUACCGGUGGGAACUCAAGGACAGCAACAAAGAGUUCUGGGUCUACGGGCACGCUUUCGUCAAGCUCGUCAGCCUGGGCUGCCUGAUCGCCGCGCUCAUACUCUUGCAUGGGCUCGCGGUACACCCCAUCGUGCUACUCAUCAUCACCAUGGAACUGUCCAUCUUCAUCUUCUUCAUUAUCCUCUACAGCUUUGCCAUCCAAAGAUACAUGGCCUUCAUCCUGUGGCCCAUCACUGACCUCCUCAACGACCUGUUCGCCUGCGGCUUCCUCGUGGGCGGGGCCGUCUACGCCGUGCAGAGCCGGAAGACCAUGCCGCUGCACUAUUUUAUCGCCGUGAUCCUGAUGGGCGUGGCUGCACUUUUUGCUUUUAUCGACAUCUGUCUCCAGAGAAAACACUUCAAAGGCAAGAAAGUCAAAAAGAACGUGCUGGUUCCUCCCCCGCCAAAGGGUCAAGAACCACCCCCAGCAGAGAAAACAGAGCCAGGGAAAGAGCCCGAGAAGGAGAAACCCAAGGAACCCGAGAAGGACAAAGGCAAGGACACGGAGAAGGACAAAGGGAAAGACAAGGAUAAAGGGAAGGACAAAGGGAAGGGAAAGAAGUAGCCGGGAGG